AUGAGUACAUCUACACCUGUCAAACAGGGUACUCCGAUCACUCCGGUCAAGCGGGAACCGCCGCUACUCCCGGCUCAGCUCGAGCCCGUGAUCCCGACAGCAUGGCUCGCGCCCGACGAGCAGCGCCGCCUCGUGCUGUGGACGUUUGGGUUGAUCGAGGUGAUGAAGGUGUGGGACUCAGUCGCGCCGCACUUCACUGAGCUCCCCACCACUCUGAGUACAGUGACGCGCGUUCGCGGCCCGUGGAGCGCCGCGAUAUGGACUGCUAUCGAGGUGACUGCCGUGCUUUCCAUCUCGCUGCUUAGGAUACCGAACCUCUCCCCAGAACGGAGGAGUUUGAUCAUCAUGGUGCCAUUAUUCACGCUGUGGAACAUCGUGUGCUGGUUCCUCGCAGACCCCGCUGCCUUCAUCCCCAAGGCCUCCAUGUUCGGCCCGAUUCACCUCGGCGAAGAAGGAUUCUUCUGGGGAUGGCUCUCCUUGGGCGGUCACUGGCUCUCGCGCCUGGUCUUCGGCCCGCCCGAAAACAUCAGCGGCAUGUACAAGAUUCGCCUCCUCCCCUUUUCGACCGCGACCCUCAACCCCCUCUCGCUCACGUACUGCCUGCCACCCGGGUCGCGCGAGCCAACCUACAUCCCCGUCGUGUUCAACAAUUCCGCUCCGUACCAGGUGUCGUUCAUCCUGCACUCUCUCGAGACGCAAGGGCUCGAGGUCGAGAGCGUGUUUGCCGACAAGAUGGUCGUCGCACCCGGAUGGCACAGCAUCCGCCUCGAGGGCGAGGAGGAUGAGGACGCCGACGCUCACAACCUCCAGAAGAUGGUCAGGCGAAACAAGAUCCUUGAGCUUGAGCGCUACCACUCCGUGCGGCCCAGCGAGGCUCUCAGCGUCAUCCCGCCCGACCUCAGCGCGUCCGAGACGCUCCUCUUCCUCGUUGUCCGUAAACCGGGCGUCAUCACGCUCAACCGAGUCGUGGACCGGCGGGGCGACCAGUUCAACCUCGCGCCUCACAGGGAGGCGGUGGUGAUCGAGUGUCCGUCUGGCGGCGACUUUGUGCUCGACGAGAGCAAGGGCGGCAAGCUAGUGCCGUACAAACCCAAGGCCAAGCCCGUCGUCCGCUGCAUAGGCCAAGAGGAGGUCAUCAUGUUCAGCGCGCGUGGUGUUGCACCUCUCAAGGCGCUGUGGAAGCAAUGGAUCAACGGGGUGCUCGUCAACCAGGGGGCCAUCGAGGGCAUCGAGAGCACCAAGGCCAUCUCGGAUGGUGAGAUAGGUCACUUCCGCCCAGACAAGGCGACCAAGUCGCACGUUGUACCUCUUCGCGUCGAGCACAAUAGAGCUGGCAAGCACCGCGUGUCCCUCACGGGCGUCGUCGACGCUCUGGGCAACACGUACACGCCGGGCAGCAACGCGUCAACCAUCGAGUUUGAUGUGCUGAACCGCCGCUCUGUGUCGUUUGACUGCCCCCGCCCCAUCCAAUUACUUGUUGGCGGCACGGCCCGCCUGCCCAUCAAGGCCGAUGGGCCUGUCGAGCACCCGAUGGAGAUCAGCUACCGCGUCAUCGCGCCCAACGGAGACCAGGAGGUUAAGAGUAUCACGGUCGACUCGGGCGACAGUGGCAUUGUCGUCGACAAGCCCGGCUCGUUUGCCCUCCUAGACGUGAGUGGCACGUGCCCCGGCACGAUACUGGAGCCUGCCAAGUGCUCCGUCCAGCUUGUUCAGCAGCCGACCGUCGACAUCAACGUCGUCACCAUUCACGAGUGUGCUGUCGACGUCGGCGUUAGCGUCACCUUCGAGUUCACGGGCACGCCUCCUUUCACCGUCCACUGGACCGAGAAGCGCAAGGGCGAGAAGCCUACGGAGAGGCGCAACCUCUUCAACAGCCCUGUGGGACAGCUCGACCUCCGACCCGACAAGGAGGGCAAGUACACCUACACGUUUGAUUCGCUCUCGGACAAGCGUUACGACAAGAUUGCGCUCAACCGCGCGCCGAUCACGCAGGUCGUACACCCACCUGCGAGCGUCGAGAUCCUUAGCAGCCGCCGGCUCAAGUACUGGGCCUGCUCGCCCGACGAGGUCAACAUCGAUCUGGCCAUCAAGGGCAACGAUCCGCUGCAGCUCACGUACCGCGCGUCGUGGGAAGGCAACACGCACAACAUUACUACUUCCGUCAAGUCGGGUAACCAGCGCCUGACGGUGCCCGUACCCCAGAAGCUCAACUCGAACUCGGGCAACGUCGGUACGAUGACUGUCACACUCGUGUCGAUUGAGGACGCCAAGGGGUGCAUUAAGCGCCUGCCCUCGCACCAGAUCGACGUUGACAUCGACCGCCAGCUGCCCACCGUGCAGUUUUCGCGUCCGCAGCAGGUCACUGUCAAGGAGGGCGAGAAGGUCGACGUGCCACUGCGCCUGAGUGGAAAUGGUCCGUGGAAGGUCACAUACACCCUCGAUGACAAGGAGCAGAAGCCCGUGUCUGUGCGCUCGUCCAACAGCCCACUCACGUUCAUGAACAAGGGAACGUACAAGCUUGUCAAGGUCGAGGACGCACACUGCGCAGGUAUUGCAGACCCCGCCUUCUUCUCGAUCGCGCACAAGCCGCACCCGGCGGCGUCGUUGACAGGCUCUGGGCUUGCGACGCGCGACGGUACCGUGUUCAAGCACAAGGGCUUCUGUGCAGACGAGAGUGACGCGGUCGCGGUCGCGUUCUCCGGCGCGUCGCCGUUCGUGCUCAGCUACAAGUACAAGUUUGACGGUUUGCCAGCCAAAGAACGCACACUCAACAGCGCGCAAGACAUGGGUGUGCUGCACCUCGACACUGCGCCUGGGCAUCACUUGUACGAGUUUGGCACCGUUAGCGACUCAAACUACCAGAAGACACCGGUGCACUUCUCACUUGAGCACGACGUGCACUCACGGCCCUCGGCGACAUUCGCCAAGCAGAACUCCAAGUCUUUAUGCCGCGAUGCAGCGCUGCUCACCGAUGCGCGCAUCAAGCUCACCGGCAAGGCGCCGUUCGUUUUACAUCUCGGUGUCAAGGGUCCGGCUGGCGCCGACGUCCAUUCCUACAUGGUCCAGGUCCCGGGUUCGGAGUGGAAGGUCGAACUGCCCAAGGUGAUUCUGGCCGACGUGGGGCGGUACGAAGUCUCGCUCCUGGAGAUGAGCGACGCGAGCGGGUGCGGUUACGCGUUCGAGGACGCCGCGGUCCUCUCUACUUCCGUGGAUGUGGUAGAUACGGCGCACGUUGUGCCCAUCUCGCACGACGUUGACGUGUGCGUUGGCGACACGCUCGACUUCCUCUUGCAGGGCACAGCGCCGUGGAUUGUCGAGUAUGCGUGGGACUUGCAGACGUAUGCGGUCACAUCGAGCGCGCCGCGAUUCAGCCGCUCCGCCGACGAGCCCGGUACUUUCUCCAUCACGAGCAUUGCGCUCAAGGACCGCGCCGGCAACCCACAGUGCGAGCGUUCCGUCGAGGGACUCGUACGUAAGGUGCACCCGCUGCCAGAGGCACAUAUCGAGAACGGCAUCAACCACCUUCAUGAGGGCGACCGGCCCGCCUUGUUCUACGUCAGGCUCACGGGCACACCGCCCUUCACAUUCUCCUACACCAGGUCGGAGGUGCACUCUGGUCGGCCGCGGGUCGUCGAGACCCAGACCAUCACAGACAUCUGGACGGAUACGUACUUCAUUAGCUCGAGCGCGCCAGGCGACUACACCGUCACGAGCGUGUCGGACAAGUACUGCCGCUUCCCACGGCUGAGUCGGCGCGACGACGUCUAG